AAUGAAACAGCUCCUUCAUGCGCAUUCCUGUCUUUUAAAUAUUCUUUUUCUAUCAUUCUCAUUCGUCAACAUAUUUUGUUUCUAUGGUUGUUAACUUGUUAGUACCUUUGCCUAUCGUCAUAAAAUCUCAAAAAAAAAGAUAAAUGACAUUAAAAAAAAAAGGAAAUGUCUAUGGUUGUGCUAUAGAAAAAAACCGAAAAAACCUUUUAAUAGCAAUGAGAUUUAUCUUUUAUUUAGAAAAUCUUUAGCUAUUGUAAUUUCAAUAUAUUUUAGUACAAUUUUGCGACCAACUACAUAAUUGUGUAUUAAUAAGUAGUGCUAGCCGAUUUCUACUGUAAACAUGCAAGAUACACGGCCAGAAUUAUACGAAGAAGUGAAGCUGUAUAGAAAUGCCCGGGAGCGAGAAAAGCAUGAUAACAUGGCAGAGUUAUAUGCAGUUGUCAGCACAUUGCAACACUUGGAAAAAGCUUAUAUGAGAGACUGUGUCCGUGCUCAAGAGUACACUGCGGCCUGCAGCAGACUCCUUGUCCAAUACAGAGUCGCCUUCAAACAGGUCCAGGGAGAUGAGUUUCCUACUAUUGAGUCUUUUGUUACUAAGUUUAGGUUAGACUGCCCAGCUGCCUUGGAGAGGAUACGGGAAAACAAACCUAACUUAAUCAAAGAUGACAAAGGAAAUACAAACAAAUACAUUGCUGAAAUUGUUUCUCUAUACAUAACACUGAUGGAUAAGCUACGUCUAGAGCUAAGAGCUAUGGAUAUGAUACAGCCUGAGCUGCGAGAUCUCAAGGACACCAUGGACCGCCUCGAAAUGCUCCCUGAGGACUUUGAGGGGAAACUCAAGAUCCAAGAGUGGCUUGACAAGUUGUCAGAAAUGUCCGCCUCCGAUGAACUAUCAGAGAGUCAAGUGAGACAGCUCGUGUUCGACUUGGAGUCAUCGUACGGCGCCUUUAAUAAAUUCCUACACAAGGAUUGAAUGGAUAAAGAUGCAUUGGACGCGCUAAGUCAUUGUUAUAUCUGAUUUAUAUUUAACGUCACUAUAUACUGUAAUAUUAUAAGAAUAUAUUAUUUAUAAGACUUUUUAAUGUUAAAUAGUUAUUAUUAUGUACUAAUAAAUAUUCUA